UUUUGUGGAUGUGUGUUUAUUGUUUAAUUUUUAAAAAAACUUUACAUAUUAUUUUAUCAAGUAAUCCAUAAACUACUGGUAAACUAUCUUACCGAAAAUCUUAUAGAAGUACAGUUGUUAUAAAAGCAUCAGAAAUACAGAAUUUAUGGUAAAGUACUUGUACAUUCUUUGGCACCAAUUUCCGCAAAAGCUCUUCAACAAUGGGUGGGAAAGCAGAAAAGGGUACACCCAAGUAUAUAGCAAAUAAGAUAAAAGCUAAAGGUCUCCAGAAAUUGCGAUGGUACUGCCAGAUGUGUCAGAAACAAUGUAGAGAUGAGAAUGGUUUCAAAUGCCAUACAAUGUCGGAAUCACAUCAAAGGCAGCUGCUGCUCUUCGCAGAUAAUGCUUCCAAGUACAUAGACCAAUUCUCUAAAGAGUUUGCGGACGGCUACCUCGAGCUACUGAGCCGACAGUUCGGCACAAAGAGAGUAAACGCAAACAAAGUAUAUCAGGACUACAUCGCUAAUCGUGACCAUCUUCAUAUGAAUGCUACACAGUGGGAAACAUUGACUGAGUUUGUGAAGUGGCUCGGACGGGAGGGCAAGUGUGUAGUUGACGAGACGGAGAAGGGAUGGUUUGUGACAUACAUAGACAGAGACCCUGCAACCAUUGCCGCUCAGGAGGCUAAGGCAAAGAAAGAGAAAUUAGACAAGGAUGAUCAGGAAAGAAUGUUGGAGUUUAUUCAGAGACAAGUUGAAAAAGGCAAGAAAGAAACCUCCACACGGGAACCCUCAUACACUGAGUUUAAGAGGGAAAACAGUCAAGAAAAACUGACUUUAAACCUUAACAUGAAAAGAAAACAUGAAGAGAAAAAGCCAGAAGUACCAGUCAAAACUGCAUUCAAAUUUAAACCCAAAGAAGAACUGACCAAGAAACAAAAGACUGAGGAUAAAAAUAAACAAUCAGCUCUGGACGAAAUCAUGGCAAUACAGGAGAGGGAAAAAGAAAAAGCUAAUAGAAAAGACUACUGGUUGACUGAAGGUAUUAUUGUGAAAAUAGUAACAAAAUCCUUGGGAGACAAAUAUUACAAAAGGAAAGCGACCAUAGAGCGCGUCAUAGACAAAUAUGGCGCGCACGUCAAGCUGACAGAUGAAAACGUCAAAUUAAAAUUAGAUCAGAAUCAUGUUGAAACAGUAAUACCAUCUCCAGGGAGGCUUGUCAAGUUUGUGAAUGGAGCUUACAGAGGCGAAAAAGGUGUACUGAAAGAUAUUGAUACUGACAACUUCUGCUGUACAGUUGAGAUUGCCGAAGGAGUGCUGAUGGGACGGUUGGUGAAGAAAGUCCAGUACGAGGACAUCAGUAAACUGGCUACGUGAUAGACAUAAGUAUUUUUAAAUAUAUAUUUUUUUUACUGA